UUUAUUUCUCUGCCUUUAACUGCCUAAAAGAUUCUCUCCCAGCUAGCUUUCUACAAUUUCAUUUUUCUUUCUUCAUCUUCUUCUUGUGGAUCUCUCUGAUCCUAUCUCUCUCUCUGAAACAAGCAUAUCACUGUUUACAAACAUUUCUGGGUUUCUUAAAAAAAUAUAUAUUGUUCUUGUUUCUUGAAUCUUUCAAAGUAUAUAGAAUUACUGUUACAUAUAAAAAGUAAGUGAUCAUGGCGGUUGUGGUCGAAGAAGGCGUGGUGUUGAAUCAUGGAGGUGAAGAGCUUGUUUAUUUGCCACCUGGUUUCAGGUUUCAUCCAACAGACGAAGAGAUCAUUACAUACUACCUCAAGGAGAAGGUUUUAAACAGCCGAUUCACGGCUGUGGCCAUGGGAGAAGCUGAUCUCAACAAGUGCGAGCCUUGGGAUUUGCCAAAGAGGGCAAAGAUGGGGGAGAAAGAGUUCUACUUCUUCUGUCAAAGGGACAGGAAGUAUCCGACCGGGAUGAGGACGAACCGUGCGACCGAGUCAGGAUAUUGGAAAGCGACCGGGAAGGAUAAGGAGAUCUUCAAAGGCAAAGGUUGUCUUGUUGGGAUGAAGAAAACACUUGUGUUUUAUAGAGGAAGAGCUCCAAGAGGUGAAAAGACUAAUUGGGUCAUGCAUGAGUAUCGUCUUGAAGGCAAAUACUCGUAUCACAAUCUCCCCAAAUCUGCAAGGGACGAAUGGGUCGUGUGUAGGGUUUUUCACAAGAACAAUCCUUCUACUACAACCCAACCAAUGACGAGAAUACCCAUUGAAGAUCUCACAAGGAUGGAUUCUCUAGAGAACAUUGAUCAUCUCCUAGACUUCUCAUCUCUUCCUCCUCUCAUAGAUCCGAGUUUUACAAGUCAAACCGAACAACCCAACUUCAAACCCAUCAACCCUCCAACUUACGAUAUCUCAUCACCAAUCCAACCCCAUCAUUUCAAUUCUUACCAGUCAAUCUUCAACCACCAGGGUUUUGGUUCUGCCUCUGCUUCGGGCUCUACAUACAACAACAACAACGAUAUGAUCAAGAUGGAGCAAUCGCUUGUUAGUGUAUCUCAAGAAACAUGCCUUAGCUCAGAUGUGAACGUUACCACGACAGCAACCACGGAGGUGUCUUCGGGUCCGGUAAUGAAACAGGAGAUGGGGAUGAUGGGAAUGGUGAAUGGUAGCAAGUCGUAUGAAGAUCUAUGUGACUUGAGGGGGUUCUUAUGGGACUAAUAAUUGAUUAUUUAACUUUGGUGAAAGAGUAUAUUUGUUGGGAUUUAAAUCAUGUAGUUAAUAUACAUAUACGUAUAGGAUUUACUAGAGGGUUAAUCCUAGUUAUUUUCACUUCAUUGAUAUUAUUUAAUUAGUUGAUUGUUUGAUUAGCUUAUAUAUAUAGUGUGGGGGAAAAAAAGGAAAAACAAGAUUGUGGUAAGUUGGGAUUUUUUAGUGCAUAUGUUAUAUCUCAAUGUAAACUGUAUCGGUAUAAAUUAGCUUUAUAUGGUUUCUUAUAGAAUUUUAAUUA